AUGGAGGAGUCGACGCCUUCCCCCGAAACGGCCGCGGGGCCUGGGGAUAAGAACGACUCUGAAGAGAACGAGCAAGCCAAGUUGUACCACACCACAACAUUUCCCGAGUUUUUACAGUGGCGAAAGCAAGUCCAAGCCGAGCUGUCAAUCCUCGAACAAAACAUGAACCCUUUGGUGGCGAGGCACCAAUACAACCUCGAGAAUAGUCGCAUCUACAGCAUCUCGGAAGAGAUUCUCGUCAUGGCCAUGCGCUUCCUCAACGACGAAGACGCGGCCGCCCUCUUCUGUCUCCGUCAAGUCUCGAGACGCUAG